AUGAACGCGGCCGGCUUCCCCUUCUUGCGCGGCAUGUGCACGCUGCCGGCGGGCGGCGCGGCCCCCAGCCCCCCCGCCGCCGCCAGCCCCGGCUCCCCCGGGCAGCCCCGGGCCUCGCCCCCCGCGGCCGAGGCGCUGCCCGUGAAGCCGGAGCCGCGGGGCGGCAGCGGGACCCCCCCGCCGCCGCCGCUGCCGCCGCCGGGCGAGGAGCCGCUGCCCGCGGCCGGGGGCCGCCGGCGGAAGCGGCCGGUGCAGCGGGGCAAGCCGCCCUACUCCUACAUCGCCCUCAUCGCCAUGGCCAUCGCCAACGCCGCCGAGAGGAAGCUCACGCUGGGCGGCAUCUACAAGUUCAUCACCGAGCGCUUCCCCUUCUACCGCGAGAACCCCAAGAAGUGGCAGAACAGCAUCCGCCACAACCUCACCCUCAACGACUGCUUCGUCAAGAUCCCCCGGGAGCCCGGCCACCCGGGCAAGGGCAACUACUGGACGCUGGAUCCGGCCGCCGAGGACAUGUUCGACAACGGGAGCUUCCUGCGCCGCCGCAAGCGCUUCAAGCGCACCGACAUCACCACCUACCCCGGCUACAUGCAGAACUCCAGCGCCUUCACCCCGCCGCCCGCCGGCCGCCCCGUGGCGCCCGCCGCCCCCUACCCCAACGCGCUCUGCUCGCCCGCCUACAGCCCCCAGCUCUCCGGCGCCGUCUUCCACCCGUACGCGGCCGGAGCGCCGCCGUCGGCCCCCUCGCAGCACCCCAGGAUGUUCAGCAUCGACAGCCUCAUCAGCGGGCAGCAGGCGCUGCAGCCCUCGCCGCCCUCCGAGCUGGGCCCCCCGUCGCUGGGUCUGGCCGGGGCCGAGCUGCCGCCCGCCUGCUCCGUGGGCAGCACCGAGCCGCCGUGUUUCCAAGCGCAGCCCGUCAGCCCCGGCUUGCUGGGCAGGGCCGGCCCCAACGCGCUGGCUUACCCCUACGCCGCCUCGCCGCCCCACCUGCCCGUGCCGCAGGGCGGCUACUCGCCCAGCAGCCCGCAGCUCUACGGGGCUCCCAACAGACUGGCGCUGCCGGCCAUGCGGCCCGCGGGCUGCGCCGAGCACGGCGACCAGCUCCUGGGGCUCUCCACCUCGCCCCUCGGCCAGUUCGGCUCCAGCAACGCCUACGUGCGGCAGCCCAACUUCCCCGCCGGGCUGGAGCGGUACAUGUGA